AUGGCGUCCGAGGCGUCGACGAAAAUGUAUCGCAUCGGUGAAGGCCCGUACGCGCUGAACGAGGACGACAGCGCGGUGGAUCCGGUGGCGUUCAGGGAGGCGCUCAUGAAUGACGCGGAAAAACUCAAGCACAUCGAGCGGGACGAGGAGCUGGCGAAGGCGCUGCUCGGUGAGGACACGGGAACGAUGCAGGAGGCGUUGAAGAAAGUCAUGGCCAUCGCGAAACAACAGCGCGAGCAGGACGAUCACUCCGACAUGAACUCGACCGACAUCAUGCGCGCCCGGUGCACGGUGCCUCGGGACCCCACGGUUCUGUAUCAGGGAAUGUUAAAGGCGGGCUUGCAGUACGGGCCGUCUUUCCGCUUGCUCAGUCAAGUUUGGAUUCCCGAGGCGUUGGACAAGGAGCAGCGCGCCGGCGGCGGACUCGGCGCGGGCGAGUGA